AUGUGCGUUGGCGCGUUCGAGGGCCUUAAAGGUAUGUCAUCCUCCAAUCGUCUGCUGUGUGAUAUGGAAACGUUAAGGUUGGAAGCGAACCUCAACGAAAACGUAAAUUACAGUCGUCAGGAUGGAAAAGACGAACGGAUGGAAUUGAAGAGGAGUUUGUUCCAGAGAAUCAUUGAGGCUCCCACCGCUUUCUUCAAAAAUCAACAAAGAGGCGAUCCGGAUUUGAGUAGCGAAGAAAAAUUAUUCAUUGUUGAAAAUCUGCACGAUCAAAAUGUCAAAAUAUUCUUAGACAGAUACAGUAAAUUUUUCACAAUAAAUGAUCUGCCAUACUUGGACUAUAUCUCCUGCCAGAAGGACAACUCAAUCAUCGAGACCCACAAAAAACUCAUCAUUAGUCGAUUGAUGGGUGGUGGUUUGUCGAGGAGAACGAGCAGACAUUCGAAAGCAGAACUCUUGGUGAAAAAUCGUCGAUACGAGAAGAUGACAAGGUUGGAACGAGAAGGGGAAUACUUCAGUGAGGAGGAAAUGAAGGGCAGGAACCCGCUAAUGUACGAGCAGAUGAUUGGCAGGUAUCUCAAUGAUGAGGAAAUCUUUGCUAAUGUCAAAGAUAACAUUCGUGGAAUGAAUGGAGCAGUUAGUGAAGGUUGUGCCACAUCAGCUAACCACAACCACACAGCAUCAACAAACAGUAGCAUGACAUCAACAGACAACAGUAACGAGCAAAAACAACACGUCAACAACACAUCGACGGCUGCAAAUAACGCUGUUGGCAUGUAUUGUAAUGAUGCCAUGUGUGUCGAUGACUCAACUGACAAUAGUAGUACUUUCAACAAGGGUGUCAUCAAUGACAACAAUGUUGAUAACAGCAACAGCAACAACAGUAGUAACAUCAAAAACAGUAUCAGCAACAAAUGCAAUGGCAACCUGCAGAGUCCCAUGUUGUCGACUCUCCUAUUGAGACAUCUGCAAGUGAUGCAGAACAAUGAGUUGUACGCCAAGCAAGUCAUGUUCGAGGAAAGUUGCACAGAAGAAGUUGAAGAAGAUGAUGAGGACGAGGGUGAUGAAGAAUUUGAUGAUGAUGAUGAUGAUGAUGAGAAGGAGAAUGAUGACACCUCGAUGAAAAUAGGAAACAACGAAUCUAGCAAUAAAAAAGGUAGGCUGGUGAUCAGUGAUGGGGACAAGUUAAUGUUGAGGAAUGAGUUUGUAUCCAGCAUGAAGCAGCAUUUCCUCGAUGGCAAGGAUGAUUUCGAUUACAGUUCCAUCGACAACGAUCCUGACUUGGAUAACAUUGAAAUGUUGGACAAGGACAUGGAGGAACAAUACUUUGAUGACGACGAUGAUGAUUGUGGUGAUGAUAAUGAUAGUGUACAUAAUAUAAAGGAUGAGUAUGAUUAUUAGAAACUGUUUACGUUAGCAUUCUACCUCGUUUAACAUGACUGCAGCUUCUGAACAAAAUUUUCAAAUUGUUUUCAAUUUUUUGGUUUAUAAAUAAAC